CUAGGGGAAGCAAUCGGCGGCCGAAGCUUUGUUUUUUGUCGGCGAUUCUGGGGGGAGCUAAUACGCGCUCUGCAGAGCCGAGAUGGAAGAGGAAAGCGGCUGUCUGGAAUUUUGGAUGUUGAUUGAGGAGAUCGAACCACCAGCAAAGAGACAGCAACUGGAGGAUGAUGGGAUGGAGGAUCCGAGUUGCCACCAGUGCAUGGCCGCAUGCUCCAGA